CAUUCAUUUGACAUUUGUGCACAGAAAAAGAAGAGAAGAAAAUUAAGAAACAUCCGAUAGUUUAGACUUUGGAGCCUCAUUUUCAUUUCAAUUAGGGUUUUUCUCUAGCAGUCGCCGCGUGCUCCCUCGAGCUGUCCCCUCUGAACGCUGACUGCAGAGUAUAAUCAAAGAUGAGUCGAGUGAAUGCGCCAGGUCCCAAGGGGAAGAAGAAGGGAGCGACAUUUACCAUUGACUGUGCAAAGCCAGUGGAGGACAAGAUCAUGGACAUUGCGUCGCUGGAGAAGUUCCUCCAAGAGAGGAUCAAGGUUGGAGGCAAAGCUGGUGCCCUUGGUGACACUGUGACUGUCAGUCGUGAGAAGAGCAAGAUAACAGUUACUUCUGACAGUAACUUCUCGAAGAGGUAUCUGAAGUAUCUUACUAAGAAGUACCUGAAGAAACACAACGUGCGGGAUUGGCUCCGUGUGAUAGCAUCCAACAAAGAUAGAAGUGUGUAUGAACUUAGGUACUUCAACAUUGCGGAAAACGAGGGGGAGGAGGAAGAUUAAGAGUCUAGAUUGGCCUGGUCAUUAAGAACUUCCUUACUUUGUUUCCAUUUGUAGCUUUUCAUUUUUCGGUUUACCAUGCUUUUUGUUUAAACGUAUGGUUUUGACAAUCUUGUUGCUUAAAUUAGAGGUUUUGAAACAUUCCAACA